AUGGAUUUGAAUGCCUCGUCGAACCACUACGUCUGUGAUUUAUCGUCUUUUCACUCUCAUUAUUCUCAAUUACACGGAUGGAUCUCCCUUUUCGUUUGCGUCUUCGGUUCGAUUGCGAACAUUCUGAACAUUCUUGUUCUAACGCGGCGGGAGAUGCGAUCACCGACGAAUAUAAUUUUAACGGGAUUGGCCCUGGCAGAUUUACUCGUAAUGAUCGAUUACAUUCCUUAUUCGUUUCACCUUUACCUGUAUCGUCGAUCAAGAAGGGACAGGUUCACUUACGGAUGGGCAGUUUUCGUGCUGUUUCAUUCGAACUUCGCACAGGUUUGUCACACUAUUUCGAUUUGUUUAACUUUAAUACUGGCCGUGUGGAGAUACGUGGCAGUGGCAAAGAAAAACAGAGAGUGGUGCAGUUACAGGAGAACUGUUUUUGCGAUUUUGAUUACGUAUGCUUUCUGCCCUGUUCUUUGUGUACCGUUGUACAUUACGACGGAAGUAAGGGAGCAUAUGGAGGUUUUGGAUUCCAAUGGGAUGAGUGUUAUUAACGUUCAAAAUGAAUCCUUUAUCGGAGAAAGAGUAAAUACGACCCUCUACUUUGUUCGAUUCACCGAAACGGCGAAAAAUCACGACAUUUUGAAGAAACUAAAUUUCUGGAUCUACAGUGUCGUCAUAAAACUUUUUCCCUGCGUUGUUCUGACCGUUGUCAUUUUAAAACUCGUGCAAGUUCUGUUACAAGCGAAAAGACGAAGACGGAAGUUAACAAAUGUUUACGAACAACAUUUCGAACGGAAGAAAAGUUCAAGAAGAAUGGACAAAGACAGGCAGGCUGAUAGAACUAAAAUGAUGUUGCUCGCAGUUUUGGUGCUGUUCUUAGUGACAGAGUUACCGCAAGGGAUUCUGGGACUUUUCAGCGUGCUACUGGGACCAAGUUUUUUUCAAACCUGUUACCUGAUGUUAGGUGAUGUUAUUGAUAUGUUGACCCUUGUAAAUUCUGCCAUAAACUUCAUUCUUUACUGCACAAUGAGCAGACAAUUCAGGAAAACAUUUAACGAACUUUUUUGUAAAACUUGGAAAAUCCCCAGGAAUACUGGAAAACAGGUUCUUAUUGAAAACAAUGGGCAUACAGGUACUAAUCACACUGUUACACAAGUGACACAAGUGUAG